AUGGCAAUGUGUUCAAUGCGACCACUCUCUUCAACUCCCCCUUUUGUCCUCCUUCGCCCCCCCUCUCGUUUUUCCUCCCCAUCACUUCAGGUAUUUCGCCUGAACAAUGUGUAUGUGAACGACGAUGGCAAUGUGUUCAAUGCCACCACCCUCUUUAACAAGGGUGACUGCAACGGGCACCUCAAUUUCUCCUUCAAGGCAGGGCACACACAAGUGCCAGGCAGACGCCUUCUAUCACGGCUUCAUAGAGUAGCAACCCUCUUGCUUCCUAUCCUUCCCCUUCCCCAGUUCUCCCUCAAGGCGGGGCACACACAAGUGCACCACGCUGACAAAGCAGUCUCCCUGGUCUACUGCCAGGCAGACGCCUUCUAUCACGGCUUCAUAGAGUAG